AUGGCUAAAUUGCUCAUGGAUGAAACUAUUCACAUGAUCGUCUCCAUAUUCCUAACAUCAUCACUCUUCUUGUUAAUCACUUGUCCAACAUCCAUUUGCCAAGAAGAAAACAAGCACGUAGAGUGUAGCAAGCCAUACACUUGUGGACAAAUAUACAACAUCUACUACCCUUUCUGGGGGGAGAACAGAUCCAGUUAUUGUGGAAGCAACCACCAAUUCAGGCUCAAAUGCGAGGCUCAUCAAAACACCUCAAUUCAACUUGGCUCACAAAAUUUCCAAGUGCUACACAUUGACCAAGUGGGUUACACCAUGCAAAUGGUACGAACAGGCCUUGUCUAUGAUCAUUGUUCUUCUUUGGCCUUAACCAACACUUCCCUUAACUCAAAUCUCUUCCUUUACACCUCAAGUGUUAGGAACAUAACCAUCUUCUACGGUUGUCCUAGCUCCAUGCUUUCAAACACUACACACUCUUUUCCGUGCCAAGAGGGCGGUAACAAGAGUGUUUUCUAUGGGGAUCCCACAACUACAAGAGUACAAGAUUGUGAAGGAGUUAGAAUUGAAGUGCAAGUAACACAGGAAUUAACACAAGAUGGAGGAAUUGAAGGGCUGAACAAAGCCUUGAGUGAAGGGUUUCAAGUGAAUUAUAUUUCAGAUGGUCAAUUAUGCUUGAAAUGCAUUUUAACUAAUGGAACCUGUGGAGCUAAUGAUAAGUCUCAGUUUUCAUGCUUUUGCCCCGAUGGAACUGAAGCUUUAGAUUGUUCUCUUCAUCAAAGUAAUCGAUGGAAUUGGAAAAGGAAGGUUGGUAUAGGCGUGGGUGCUGCUGUGAUCACUUCAAUUACAGUUGGCACAGCCUUUUAUAUCUAUUAUCAUAAAAAGAAGAAACAUCUGGUAGUAUCAUCAUCAGUACUAUCUCGGGGAAUCUCUUCUGGUCCUUUUUUAGAAGACCUUGAGAAGGGAUGUAAAUGCAUCGGACUCCAUUUCUUCACCUAUGGUGAACUUGAGGAGGCCACAAACUACUUUGAUCCAGCCAGAGAACUAGGAGAUGGAGGAUUUGGGACUGUGUAUUUUGGCAAACUUAGGGAUGGACGUUUGGUAGCAGUGAAAAGGAUGUAUGAGAACAGUUACAAAAGAGUUGAGCAAUUCAUGAAUGAAAUUGAGAUCUUAACUGGCUUACACCACCAAAAUCUUGUGUCACUGUAUGGAUGCACUUCUCGCAACAGUAGAGAACUUCUACUGGUGUAUGAGUACAUUCCUAAUGGAACUGUGGCUGAUCACCUUCAUGGGCAAAAAUCAAAACCUGGCACACUCCCGUGGAACAUUAGAAUGAACAUUGCCAUAGAAACUGCAAGUGCAUUGGUAUAUCUUCAUGCUUCUGACAUCAUCCAUAGAGAUGUGAAAACCAACAACAUUCUCCUUGACAAUCACUUCAGUGUCAAAGUAGCAGAUUUUGGACUCUCACGUCUCUUCCCAACCCAUGUCACCCACAUUUCAACUGCUCCACAAGGGACACCAGGUUAUGUGGAUCCAGAAUACCACGAGUACUAUCAACUCACUGAUAAAAGUGAUGUUUUUAGCUUCGGGGUUGUGCUGAUUGAAUUGAUAUCAUCCAUGCCUGCUGUUGAUAUCUCAAGGCAUAGGCAUGAAAUUAAUUUGUUCAACAUGGCUAUUAAGAAGAUUCAAAGUGGGGCAUUGCAUGAGCUGGUGGACCCUACUCUUGGGUUUGAUUCAGAUUUCAAGGUAAGGAAAAUGGUCAAUGCUGUGGCUGAGUUGGCAUUUCAGUGCUUGCAAAGUUCUAAAGAUGUAAGGCCUUCUAUGGUUGAAGUGUUGGAAAGGUUGAAGGAUAUAAGAAGUGAUGGGAAUUAUAAAAGCAAGCCUGAGGUGUUGGAUAUCUCAGAAGACGAUGCUGCUUUGUUGAAGAAUGAACCACCACCACCAUCACCAGAUUCAAACAUUGUGAGCUUAUCUAUACCACCAAAUGGUGGUGAAUAAGUGAUCAAUACUAGGUGUACAUAGAAUGAUUACGGUAAAGAUGCAUUGAUUAUCAAAGUUAUUAGCCUUUUUAAUAUAUUUUUUUUAUUGUUGAUUCUUUUCUACCAAAUGCUAGUCCAUAAUAACAUAGUAACACAUUUAUGGAUAAGAGAGCUAAUUGCCGCGUGAUCAAGACACGUUUAGACAUCAUCAGGGAUGAUAGAAGCCACCGUAGCUGAGUCAUCAACUCAUGCUUCCUUGUACUUAAUAAAAUGAAGUUUGUUAUACAAAACUUGAAUAUGAUUAACGCACAGCUAAAGUACAGGAGUGUCCAUAUGUGGUAUAAUCCAACAAGACACAAUCGUCGAAUGUUCUAAAGGCCUCGAUGAAAGGACUGUGCCGUGACCUUGUAAUCCCCGCAAGUGGUUGCAUAGAGAGUUGAAUGUUGCACACAAAGGUGCUUAAAUGGGCAUCGAAUAACACUUUUGACCCAGUUGCAUGUUGGGCCGCUAAAGGUAAAGAGGUGUUGUGUUCAUCCUUAGCUUGAGGCUUCUUACACUAAUCUAGAAUAAAAUUAUGAGUUGCUUUCUUAAAUAUCUAUAACAAUAAUUUAAAUUAUUAAAUAAAAUAAAAAAUACUUUCAAAAAUUAAAUAACCUCUAAUUAUUAAAUAUUUAUGGAACUAAUUUUUAGAAAUUAAAAUUCUACUCUUCCAAAACUAAUCAUUUUUGUGUAAGUUUUCAAAAAAAAUUAUUCUAUUAAAAGUUUUUAAAAUUUAAUAUUCAUAAGAUAAUUUAGAUAUAUUUUUAAAAUUUUAAAUUUUACAUUAAUUAAAAAUAAAAAAAUUAAAUCGAUAAUUUUUUUAAUAAUCAUAAAAG